AUGAAUUAUGGGAUGUGGGUUUUCUUUUUCAAGUUUUAUUUCUUUCACCUAUCCGUCAUUUUCGGCUUUCUUUCUUUCUUUUUUUCUUUCUUUCUUUCUUUUAAAUUUUUUUAUUUCCGUUUCCAUUUUUUAAGAAUACGAUUUCCUGCUUCCUUAUUCUUUUUCGUACUUUCUUUCUUUCUUUCUUUCUUUUUUCUUUCUUUCUUUCUUUCUUUCUUUCUUUCUUUUAAAUAUUUUUUAUUUCCGUUUCCAUUUUUUAAGAAUACGAUUUCCUGCUUCCUUAUUCUUUUUCUUACUUUCUUUCUUUUAAUUCUUUUUUCUUUCUUUCUUUCUUUUUUCUUUCUUUCUUUCUUUCUUUCUUUCUUUCUUUUAAAUAUUUUUUAUUUCCGUUUCCAUUUUUUAACAAACGGAUUUCCUGCUUCCUUAUUCUUUUUCUUACUUUCUUUCUUUCUUUUUUCUUUCUUUCUUUCUUUCUUUCUUUCUUUCUUUCUUUCUUUUAAAUAUUUUUUAUUUCCGUUUCCAUUUUUUAACAAACGGAUUUCCUGCUUCCUUUUUCUUUUUUUCUUUCUUUCUUUCUUUUUUCAGUGUUUCUUUCUUAUUUUGCCCAACAUCAAGCAAAUAUCUAUUGACAUGACUUUGCAUCUAUCUAUCUAUCUAUCUAUCUAUUUAUCUAUCUAUCUACGUAAAUGUCAAUGA